CCAGCAGUGUUAGCCGCCUGCCAUUCAUUGUCACCAGUGUGGUAGAAGCUCUGUCUUCUCCGUGUCUAGGUUUUAUCCAACAGGAAAGAGAAAAAAACAAAAACACGAAGGAAGGAUGUUAAGCCAGACGUGGCAGUGACACGCAGUAGUUCUGACAUUCCCCUGCUCCAGAAUGGCAGAAGAGGAUCCAUAUUUGGGAGGGCAUGAACAAAUGUUUCAUUUGGAGCCUUUGAAUCAUACAAUAUUUAACUCGGAAAUAUUUCAGCCAGAGAUGCCAAUGCCAACGGCAGAUGGCCCAUACCUUCAAAUAUUAGAGCAACCUAAACAGAGAGGAUUUCGUUUCCGUUAUGUCUGUGAAGGCCCAUCCCAUGGCGGACUCCCCGGUGCAUCUAGUGAAAAGAACAAGAAGUCCUACCCUCAGGUCAAAAUCUGCAACUAUAUGGGACCUGCAAAGGUUAUUGUCCAGCUGGUCACAAAUGGAAAGAGCAUCCACCUGCAUGCACACAGCCUGGUGGGGAAGCACUGCGAGGACGGGAUCUGCACCGUGACGGCUGGACCCAAGGACAUGGUGGUCGGCUUUGCAAACCUAGGCAUACUUCAUGUGACAAAGAAAAAAGUAUAUGAAACACUGGAAGCACGGAUGACAGAUGCGUGCAUUAGGGGCUACAAUCCCGGACUUUUGGUGCAUCCGGAUCUUGCCUAUUUGCAAGCAGAAGGUGGAGGAGAGCGGCAGCUCACAGAUCGGGAAAAGGAGAUCAUCCGCCAGGCAGCUCUUCAGCAGACAAAGGAGAUGGACCUCAGCGUGGUGCGGCUCAUGUUUACAGCUUUCCUCCCCGACAGCACCGGUAGCUUCACCAGGCCCCUGGAGCCCGUGGUAUCAGACGCCAUCUAUGACAGCAAAGCCCCCAAUGCGUCCAAUUUGAAAAUCGUACGGAUGGACAGGACAGCGGGAUGCGUAACUGGAGGGGAAGAGAUUUAUCUUCUCUGUGACAAGGUUCAAAAAGAUGACAUCCAGAUUCGAUUUUAUGAAGAGGAAGAAAAUGGUGGAAUCUGGGAAGGAUUUGGAGAUUUUUCCCCAACAGACGUUCAUAGACAAUUUGCCAUCGUCUUCAAAACACCAAAGUACAAAGAUGUCAAUAUCACCAAACCAGCCUCCGUGUUCGUUCAACUUCGGAGGAAAUCUGACUUAGAAACUAGCGAGCCAAAACCUUUCCUGUACUACCCUGAAAUCAAAGAUAAAGAGGAAGUGCAGAGGAAGCGGCAGAAGCUCAUGCCCAACUUUUCGGACAGUUUCGGAGGCGGCGGUGGUGCCGGGGCUGGAGGUGGAGGCAUGUACGGCAGCGGCGGUGGAGGAGGCGGCACUGGAACUACCGGUCCAGGGUAUGGCUUCCCCCACUAUGGAUUUCCAACAUACAGUGGAAUUACCUUCCACCCUGGAACCACUAAGACUAAUGCUGGGAUGAAGCAUGGAAUCAUGGACACCUCACCUAAAAAUGACUCUGAGGAUUAUGACAAGAGUGAUGGCAGAGGGGCUGUACGUCUCUCUGGGAAAGUCACUGAAACCACAGAACCAGAUAAGGGGUCGGGCCAGAGGGACGAGGAGGGCACUCUGACGUAUCCAGUGGGAGAAAAGAAAGAGAAUUCUAGGUUUCAGAAUAACCUCUUUCUGGAGAAGGCUCUGGAGCUCGCCAAGCGGCAUGCCAAUGCCCUGUUUGACUACGCGGUGACAGGAGACGUGAAGAUGCUGCUGGCUGUCCAGCGCCAUCUCACUGCAGUGCAGGAUGAGAAUGGGGACUGUGUCUUACACUUAGCAAUCAUCCACCUGCAUGCUCAGCUUGUGAGGGAUCUGCUAGAAGUCACGUCCGGUUUGGUUUUGGAUGACAUUAUCAACAUGAGGAAUGACCUCUACCAGACACCCUUGCACUUGGCCGUGAUCACCAAGCAGGAGGCCGUGGUGGAGGACUUGCUGAGGGCUGGGGCCGACCUGAGCCUUCUGGACCGCUUGGGGAACUCUGUUUUGCACCUUGCUGCCAAGGAAGGACAGGAUAGGAUUCUCGGGAUUUUACUCAAGCACCAGAAGGCAGUUCCUCUGAUCAACCACCCCAACGGGGAAGGUCUCAAUGCCAUCCACGUGGCCGUGAUGAGCAACAGCAUGGCAUGCCUGCUGCUGCUGGUGGCCGCCGGGGCGGAUGUCAACGCGCAGGAGCAGAAGUCGGGCCGCACGGCACUGCACCUGGCCGUGGAGCACGACAACAUCUCCUUGGCCGGCUGUCUGCUUCUGGAGGGCGAUGCCGAUGUGGACAGCACCACCUACGACGGGACGACUCCCCUGCACAUCGCGGCCGGGAGAGGCUCCACCCGGAUGGCGGCUCUUCUCAAAGCAGCAGGAGCAGAUCCCCUACUGGAGAACUUUGAGCCUCUCUAUGACCUGGAUGACUCGUGGGAAAGGGAUGGAGAUGAUGAAGGGGUUGUGCCUGGAACCACACCCCUCGAUAUGGCCACCAACUGGCAGGUAUUUGACAUACUAAAUGGGAAACCAUAUGAGCCCGAGUUUACAGCUGAUGAUUUACUGGCACAAGGAGACAUGAAGCAGCUGAACGAAGAUGCGAAGUUGCAGCUCUACCAGUUGCUGGAAUUUCCCGAUCCAGACAAAAACUGGGCCACUCUGGCGCAGAAAUUAGGGCUGGGGAUACUCAAUAAUGCCUUCCGGCUGAGUCCUGCUCCUUCUAAAACUCUCAUGGACAAUUACGAGGUGUCGGGGGGGACAGUAAGAGAGCUGCUGGAGGCCCUGAGGCAGAUGGGCUACACUGAGGCCAUCGAGGUGAUCCAGGCAGCCUCCUGCCCACCUAGCACGGCCGCCCCCGGCCCCGCCAAGACCGCUGCGCAGGCCCACCCCCGGCCUCUCUCGCCCGCCUCCACCAGACAGCAGCUAGACGAGCUGGGAGACGACAGCAUCUGUGACAGUGGCGUGGAGACGUCCUUCCGCAAACUCAGCUUCACAGACUCUCUGACCGGCGGCAGCCCGCUGCUCGCGCUGCACAAGAUGCCCCACGACUACGGGCAGGAAGGCCCCAUCGAAGGCAAGAUCUAGCCCACCCGCGGUUUCCACACCCUGCCCAGCGAAGCCCUGCAGUUCAUUGGAUUUGCCGACAAAAGGAAGAGACAGUGCACCAGCGGGACAUGGGCCGGGGCUUGGGUGGCUCUGGACUGAACCCCGGGCCUCCGAUAGGAAGCUGGCUGCCUCUUUUGGUUCUUGAGUUUCGGUGCGGCUCCCUGGCAGAGAGCAGCUACAGCCCCGGCCUCGGGCGGGGCUGGUGCCUCUGGGAGGGGGCGCGCCUGUGGGCCUCACCAGCUGCUUUCCUGUCAUCGCCACUGCCCCUCUGCUGCACGUCCGCUGUCACUGAAAGGCUAACAGCCCCCACCCGGUAUUCUCUCUGGCGGCCCACGGCACAGUCGUGCGUUCAGAUUAAGGAUUAAGAGAGUUCUUAAUAUUUUAUCCAGGAUAUCUUAAAUGGGGUAUUUUGAAAUGAGGGUCAGUGUAUAAUUAAAAAAACAAAAAUGCUUCCUGCUUUUUCUAAUGUGGUUUAUCUCUGUGAUUUGAAAAAGAACGUGUACGUGUUGUUAUUUAAACAUGGUUACAAUCAGUGCUGAAAAUGGUAUCUUCCCCCUUUUUCUGCAUUUUGCUAUUGUAAAUAUGUUUUUAGAUCAAAUACUUUAAAAGAAAAGAAUGUUGGAUUUAUAAAUGCUAUUUUUUAUUUUACUUUUAUAAUAAAAGGAAAAGCAAACGGA